GGUGGUGAUAAUGAGUUCCUUGCUAUCAUCAUCAUUCAGGAAUUAGCAUCAGUACGAUGUAAAUUACCAGUACAUAAAUAUGAGGAUAUUAUAGUAACAUCAGUUGUUAAUAAUAAUGUUACAAUAUUAGUUGGGGAUACAGGGUCUGGUAAAACUACACAGGUACCACAAUACCUAUAUAAGUAUAGGAAUAAGAUAACUAAUAAACAGUUCCGUGAGGUUAUAACACAACCACGUAGAGUAGCAGCUACUACUGUAGCUAGUAGAGUAGCUGAGGAAAUGGGUACUAUAUUAGGGGAAGGUGUGGUAGGAUAUGCAGUAAGAUUUGAUGAUAAUACUAAUCAUCGUACUAGGAUCAAGUUCUGUACAGAUGGUAUAUUACUAAGAGAGGCAGUAGUUGAUCCAACAUUAUCUAGAUAUACUGUUGUUAUUAUUGAUGAGAUACACGAGAGAUCACUAUACACUGAUACAGUAUUAGGUUUAGUAUCUAAUGCACUAGUAGAUGUGAAGUUGAGGGAUAAUAUUAAAGUGGUACUCAUGUCUGCUACUGUAGUAGCUGAUAAGUUUAAAGAAUAUUUCCUACAAUCAGGAUGUAGUGUGAAUACAGUAGUGGUACCUGGUAGGACAUAUCCUGUUGCACUCUAUUAUACUCCUACACCGGAAGUAGACUUCUUAGAGGCUGCCCAACUCACUAUUAUACAGAUAUUACUUGGUAUAGAGGAUGAUAAUCUUAUUCAUGGAAGGAGUAGGAGAGAUGGGGAUAUAUUGGUAUUCCUACCUGAUACAGUAGUCAGAGUAAAGAUAAACAGAAGGAAGCCUUUAUACCAUCAGGAGUUAAUGAAAUUAAGAUAA